UCUUAAUCUCUAACUAUAUGACAAUCGCGCCAAUUCGAAACUUGAAUCUUUACUAAUAUGGCUAUGAGUCGAAUAACUUUACGUCCGGAUUUACAGGCAUUACUCGAUAAUUUUACGCAUCUAAAAAACGUAUACUUAGCGUUAAAAACAUUCUGUAAUAUUCAGGAUGAGCUGUUACAAUAUGAAAAAGCUAAAUCUUCCAAAAUGGAAGAAGAAAUAAAGAAAAUAACAAAGACAUUUUCAUCUUUGGAAGAACAACGUAAAAAAUCUAUAGAAGAAAUACGAAAAGAGAAGGAAGAAUUGAAAACAGCUUUGCUUGAAUCCCGACAGGAAUGCAAUCAUCUUCGACUCGUUUACAUCGAUCGUAAUAUCGAAGAUGAGCAAAUUUGUAGAUUACAGGAUGAGCUCGAAGUAUUGAAAGCUGAAUUAGCAUUACAAGAAGAAAGACACAAAGAAGAAAUUUUUAAACUCGAAAAGCAGUUUAUAGAAGAAUUACAAAAAUAUAAAACAUUAUUGGAAUCGAAACAACAGAAUCAAAGAAAAAAAGCAAAGCAUCCAGCGAUCGAUAACAUGUCAAACCAACUAUCAGCAAAUGUUAAAACUAAAAAUACAAAAAAAAAACCAUUUUUCAGGUGGUCUGGAUUAAAUGUAUCGAAAAUGCCGAAAGUUAUUGCUACUGAUAUGGAGAAUGAAGAUGAUAUAGACGAAGAUACGUCGACAAUUACUAAAAGAAAGAAAAAACUUUAUUAUGAAGAUAAAGAGGCGAUAAUUGAUAUAUAAUAUUCA